AUGGACUGUUCGUCACCGACCAACAAGCGUGCCCGCGAGCAGCCGAACCCGGAGAGGGCCAAUGUGAUCUACAUCGCGUGGCGCAACCUCGUGCUACGUGUGGCAAUGUUUUUGCGUCCGGUGGCCCGACUGGCCAUGCAGGUGUUCAGCAACUCGGUGGACGCCUCACUCAACCAUGUCCAGGCGAACUUGAAGGAGCUCAAGCCGGAGCGACUCUUGGCGCUUCGGGACGAUGUGGACGAGAUCUUGAUGAAGCAGAAGGACAAGGAGUACGAGCUCUACAUGAAGUAUCGGGACUGGAAGAGGACCAAGAAGACGACCGCCGCCGCGAGCCACAGCCCUCCGGGAAGCUAUGUGGUGCCGCGGAAGACGAUUGGCGACACCAUCGCCGACGGCAGGGCCUCCCAAGGGGCCACCACCACCGAAGCCAAUGUGGCCGGAGCAACCACAACCUAUGUCGACCUCUACCCGCCGGAGCGGAAACACGACGCCCCAGAGCGUCAGCAUGAGAUCCGGCCGGAUAUCAAUGCCGAGAAGAAUGCCAUCGUGACGGACAAGAUGGCCCAGCAGGAGAUCUUCACCCAGGCCUACCACAUCAUCGAGCCCAACGCGCCGAUCUGUGCUUGCCGCCGAGGUUGCAAGGUGGAGCUGAGCGCCACGACCCAGAACCCCAGCCGGGUGUUCUACAAGUGCUCGGCCAUGGAGCCGACCCAGCAGUGCGGAUUUUUCCAAUGGGCGACCGAACAGCCCCUCCUGGACGACAAGUACAUCGAGACCCGCCAGCGUGUGGUGCAGGGGUUCCCACGGACCCUGACCGCUCGAGAGAUCCUGUUAGAGCUCGAACCCAGCCAUCGGCUGGGGACCACGAAGAACGAGAACCUCGACACGAUUCCCCGGAAGGAGAUAGCCGAGAUGGAGAUAGCCGAGAUGGUCCUGUCCCUGGGAACAAUCACCAGCAGGGUGAAGAGCCACCGCCUGGACGUACCCUACGACAACUGGUACGUCGAGCACAUGAUGGCCUCCGACGAAGUUAUCCAGAUAGCCAAGGAGCUCAAAUGCAGCGUCUGCGAGAAGUUCCUCACGGUCAAACCACCACGAAAAGCUGCACCGCCCCGGGAACUUGGAAUCAAUGAGGUGAUCGGGAUGGACACGGUGUGGCUCCCCACGGUGGGCCAGAAGAAGAAGAAGGUAGCCCUGAACAUCAUCGACUACGCGAGCCACUUCCAGAUGAUGAUCCCCUUGAAAGGACGCAGUCCAGAAGCCACGUGGUCGGCCUACAGGCAGUGGGUGAAAUUCUUUGGACCGCCAUCCCAGAUCUGGGCUGACCAGGGGAGUGAGUUCAAAGGCUCCUUCAAAGUCCGGACAGCUCAGGAAGGCACCAGGAUGGACCCAAGCAGCUUGGAAGCCCCGACGCAGAGAGGACUUGCCGAAAGACACGGCAAGACCUUCAAGAUCAUGUUGGAGAAGACGAUGGCGGAUUAUAACUGCAGCAGCUAUGCCGAGUGGAUGGAGUUAGUGGACACCACCAUGAUGACCAAGAACCGGCUGGCAUCUCGAGGCGGCUUUUCACCUGUUCAACGAGUACUCGGUUUCCUACCUCGACUACCUGGAGGCCUGUUGUCCGGAGGACAAGACGACGCCGAAGCUGGAACGGCUCCGCGCUUGGGCGACGCCGGUAUACGUCGGGCCAUGGAUAUGAGGAAGGCAGCGGCCAAGGCCUUCUUCGAAGUGGACUGCGACCAGGCCCUACGAAAUGUCCUCGCGGGAGGACCGAGACCACACUACGACUACAUGGUGGGGCAGAUGGUCUACUUCUACCGCCUAGGCCACUCCAAGAAGGGUGAUCGACCUCACCAACGAUGGCAUGGACCAGCGCGAGUGGUGAUGACGGACUAUCCGUCGACGAUUUGGCUGAGCUACCAGGGUAACCUGGUGAAGGCCGCGCCUGAGAGGAUUCGGCCAGGAAGCGAAGAAGAGAACUUGACGAUCUCCGGUUGGUUGGACGGCCUGUCGACCGUCAAGGAAGAGUUCGAAAGGCAGCCGAAGAGAAGCUACAUCGACUUGAGCGACGAGCCCCUGCCGGACCCCGCGGAGUUCCCAGAGGCCGACAGCUACGAGGAGGAGCUAGAUGACGGCCAACAUGACGAGCCACCGCGGUCCCUCACGAGACGAUUGCGGUGCAAGACCGAUCCACAGAGACUUGACAUGGACACCGCGGAGCCAGAGCUACCAGAACCUCGUCCCCCUACGACGAACACCGCGAUCCUUCCGGCACCUAUGGUGCCCAGCCAGGACGACCACGUCGAGAUAGAGGAGGACACCCCGAUGGAUAUCCCGCCCGUGGACGAGGACGAUGACAACAUUGUGGAACCGCCUUCGAAGAAGACCAGAGUACAUGUCCUCGAGGCCUACUACGCGAAGCUGGAGACCCUCUUCAAGACCAGGCAGCGGAAGGAGGUAAGACUGAAGGACUUGAACGACCGCGACCUCCAGAGUUUCCUCAAGGCGGCAGAGAAGGAGGUGCACAACAACCUGGACACCAACGCCUACGAGAAGCUCGAUGCCAAGGCCAGUGAGCUUGUCCGGCGAACACGGCCGGAAAGGAUCAUGGAGUCGCGUUUUGUUCGUACAGUGAAACCCUUGGAACCCGGAGACGUCGACAAGGCUUCCAUGGAUGGGACCCUCCUUUCAGAGUCCCAUGGGGGACCUUGCAAGGCCAAGGUCAGACAUGUCAUGAAGGGUUUUUCAGAGGACGGGGCCGAGGAACUUGAUUCCGCGACUCCUCAAGUGACCCGCGAGGGAGUCAUGUUUGUGACGCAGCUGAUUUCCAGCAAAAGGUGGCGUUUGGGUUUCUUAGACUUCACUCAAGCCUUUCACUCGGGAGACCCGAUCAACCGCGAAUUGUACGCCGAGCAGCCUCCCGAAGGGAUUCCAGGGAUGCAAAAAGGGGAUUUACUGAAGCUCGUUAAGACGUGUUACGGUCUUCUUGAUGGUCCCAUGGCGUGGUUCAGACAUCUUCGGAGGGUUCUUUUGGAAGAGCUAGGCUACACUCAGAGUCGUGCUGAUCCUUGCAUCUAUUUUCUUCAUGACCAUUCCAGGAAAGGUUGGGAUCGGCUGAUAGGAGUGGUGUCUGUUGCUACUGAUGACUUGCUUCAUGGGGGUGAUAGCGAACAUCAAAGGCGCAUGGAAACCUUGAAUCAAAAAUACAAGCUGGGCAAGUUUCAGUAUGGUUCAGGUCGGUUUACCGGGAAGCAGUUCACCCCCCAAGACGAUGGCAGCAUCAUGAUAGAUCAGAAUCAUUACGUGAUUGAGAACGUCCACAAGAUUCCUCUUACUAAAGUUCGGAAGGCCCAAAGAUACUCUCAGUGUAACGAAGAGGAGAUUUCUCAGAUGCGAUCCCUUGUGGGAGCUCUUUCGUGGCUUGCCAAAGAGACGAGGCCAGAUCUUAGUGGACGUGUAUCUCUUCUCCAACAACAGUUCCCGAAGCCCCGAAUCAAGGAUGUGCUUAAUGCCAAUCAACUUGCGAAUGAAGCCGAGAAACACAAGGUAGGUGUCAAGAUCAGUUCCAUUCCCAUUGAUCGUCUUCGCAUCAGUGCAGUUACGGAUGCUUCCUGGGGCAAUGCUGAAGAUGGAGAAAUUCAUGAAAGUAUGACAGAAGGAGGGCCAGACCUACAUGGCCUCAAACCUACCAGGCUGACGCGGCUCAACCAGGACGGGCAUGAGCGGGAGCAGACGGACCUAUGGAACACACCUAAACUCGGGAUGAUUCCCGGGGAGGCCUGGACCGGACAGAGCAUCUUCGAGAAGUGUCAAACUGGGUUGCGUCAUCAGGAGAUUUCGGAGGGUUUCCUUCAGAAUAAAAGGACCCAGAGCCAGGGCGGCCAUCUGAUUAUCUUUCAUGAUCGGGACUUGCAGUUUGAACCCUCCGCCCAAAUUUCGGUGACCAGCUGGAAGAGCUACAAACUGAAGCGAAAGGUAGUGAACACCUUGUCCGCUGAGUGUCAAGCUUUGGUGAAUGGGAUUGGCAAUGUUCAUUGGCACAGGUUUCUUUUGAUGGAGGCUAGCGGUGACAGUUGCGAAGAUCCGGACUGGGAGGGCGCUCUGACCAAGGUGCCGUAUCUUGCUGUUACCGAUUCCAAAUCACUGUUUGAUGCGCUGUCAAAGCAAACCUGUCCUUACAGUCAGAUCGACGACAAGAGAACUGCCAUUGAUAUUUCAAUCGUGAAACACGAACUCGCCAAUGGCGGUACCAUCAGGUGGAUUGAUGGUCGAAACAUGAUUUCGGAUUCGCUUACCAAAAGCACCGGUGGCAACUAUUUGCGACACGUGAUGAUGAAUGGCCGGUG